AUAUUGAAGUAUCAUUUUUGUCUUAUUAGCUGUAUCUGAAUUUUUCUUGUUUUCAAGGUUGAUUUGUACGCUGGUUUUCUCCAUGAUGCUGUCGUACUGUACGCGCUCGCCGUCCAUGAUCUUAUAACACAUGGAGGAAACUUUACAGAUGGAAGAGAACUUAUGAAGCACAUGACCAACAGGAGCUUUGAAGGAGUUUCUGGGCCGGUUUUCAUCGAUGAAAAUGGUGACAGAGCACUAAGCCUCCAAAUGAAGAACUUCCAUAAUGGCAAGAUGCAGCGUGUAGCGAACUACUUCCGACAUUCAGAGAAACUCGAGUUUACCAACAGCAGCAUGUAUUGGCCGGGAGGGACUGUAAACGCUCCAAAGGGAAGACCUGACUGUGGCUUCGAUAAUGAAUUCUGCGUUUCUCCAGUGGUUUGGAAACUUGCUGUCUACGUACUCUCGGCAUUUAUUGCUCUAACAAUUUGUAUGGCAGCCCUUCUUAUAUAUUAUAGGAGGAAGGCAUUCGAAGUAUCACUUCAGAGCCAACAAUGGAAAGUUUCUUCAGCUGAUGUGAAAUUUACAAGAAAACCGCCGGAUGGGAGAAGUAUAAUCUCAAUGUUUAGUGGAAGUUUUGGUGAGGUCAGUUUGUCUUCGAAGAUAUUUGAUGACGAUGAAUUGCGAGGACAAGUAUUUACUAACGUGGCAAUUUACAAGGUUUGUAUUGGUCUCCUAGCAUAGUUUAAAACUAUGUUUGAAGCGACUGAGACCCCAAAACAACAUUCUCUUGAUACGAUUUAAUCAAAAUCGUAGAGGUAAAUUAUCCCCUUAGUAACUUUUCAAGUUACUGGAUAAC